AUGGUGCAUGAGAUGGGGCGAGCAGUUUCUCAAUGCUCGAGUGCCGCGUCGCAGACAACGCAGCUGGCAGCCUCGCAUAGCCGACCGGGGACGGCAGACCCCAUGAGAGCACCGUCGGAAGUUGCAACAUCGAGGAACAGUCGUCAUCCGAGGUCCAGAGGAUCGACCGCCAGUAUCCAUUCGAGUACCACACAGCAAACCCAAGAUCAACAGAUCGCCGAUGGAUUUCCCCAGUUCUUGCCCACUCAAGCCACUGCUAGUCACAAUGUCUUUGCAAACAACCCCGAAGAGAUCAUUAUGCGCUUCGGUCAACAAAUCUCCCAUCCAGUAAACGGUGCCUCGCUGGAUCCGACACUGCAGGAUGCCCACCACUCAGGGCUUCCCAGGGCAGAAGAUUUUCCGGGCCAUGCUAUGCAUGGACACAGCCUGUCUCACCAUUCCAUGCCAUCUGGCCUACCACAUCACGGGCUAUCUACGAUGCCAAUGCCCCAAUACCAAGCGAUUUAUGACAGUAACAUCGAAAACCACAUCCCGGAACAUGUGCUCGAGGAAAAUGAGAACUCCGAGACUGGUACAAAGAAAAAAAAGGGCUCCAACUCAUCCUUGGCGAAUGACAAUGAGCUGCGGAAAUUGCUCCGCCAGUACGAGGGAUAUUCGCUAAAACAGAUGGCAGCGGAGGUUCUGAAACAUGAAGGGGCCGGAGGCAAGGCCGAGAAGGUCAAGCAGGUCUUUGCCAUGAUCUGGUUGAAAGAGAAUUGCCGGAAAAGCAGUGGUUCGGUCCGGCGCGAUCGUGUUUACUGCUGCUAUGCAGAGAAAUGCGGAACCGAGCGUGUAUCUGUAUUGAAUCCUGCUUCUUUUGGGAAACUAGUGCGCAUAAUAUUUCCAAAUGUGCAGACUAGGCGUCUUGGUGUCCGUGGGGAGUCCAAGUAUCACUAUGUGGAUUUGACAGUGAUCGAGGAGAAACAGCAGAAGCCUCCACCCUUGAAUCCUCAAGUGUCUUUCAACUCCAAUGGCCCAGUUGGGGGAGAAAACAAAAUUGAUGAUGGCAUGCAAAAGAGCAUCUUGCCACAACCCCCGACGGACAGUGCGGUGUUCCCAGCACCCACGACUUCGUUUACACCAAGGUUUGCAGCUCAUAAUCAAAAUGCAGGCUGUGACUGCCAAAUGUCCGCUGCUUCCAAUGGCGACUCCUCUGUUACUCUUGAGAAUGUUGGAAAUCACUCUGCAAAGAUAAUCCACCAGAUGCUGCAACUACCAUGCACCGACGACUCGUCUAUUGACAAUGAGUCACUUCAGCUGCCUGAUAUCCGGGGAUAUCUCCCCGCGAAUACUGAUACGAAAGUCGCUGCGGCUCUUGCUGCCCUUUACCGAUCGCAUUGUAUCUCAGUCAUCGAUAGCUUCCGCUACUGCAAGGAGCGGAAUCUUCUACGAUAUUUCUCUGCUUUCCACGGAACCUUGACGGUUCCAGUUCAAAAGCUCCUAACCCAUCCUAAUCUGGCCCCUUGGAUCAAGGAAUGCGACUGGCUGAUGUAUCAGAAAAUGAUUGCAUUCGUGGCGCCGCUAACCACGCAAGUCGUUCCCAAACUCGUUCUUGAUGCGUUCAGCUCAAUAUCUCAACGCUUGACAUCCCACAUUGCUGAAACCUUCAAAGCGCAGCCUGCACAUGUCACUUUGGCAAGGUUGAUACCGGCCCAUAUAUUCUGCAAUUUGCUCAAGCACAUGCUUGAUGUCAAUCAAUCAGCCAACGCUGCGGCCGCGUGGCUUUGCCACCCAGAUAAUAGAAAUCAGAUGUGGUUCGACUUUAAAACACUCGUUGAUCCCAAGGAGAUGAUCUCCAGAGCGAACAUUCCCAGCUGCGCGGAGCGAGCUGCCGAGCAGAUCCUGAAACAUGACAUGCGGGCCUUGCUGACUCCUAUUGAUGAUAUGAAUCCUUCUGUAUCACACCCAUUCUUCACCAAGGCCGACACGGAAGCCGACCAUGCUGCUCACAAAUUCCCUGUCGAGUCCUCUACUGGUGAUGAGUACAGCUUCCCGGACAAAUGGAUAGCCUUUAUACUCAAUCUUGCGUCAGCAUUUCCUCAUCAUCGUACACAGUGCAUAAUUGAAAAAGUUGAUGCCCUGUGGGAUUGUGUCCUUCGUCGACUGACCCUUGGAGGUGCACAAAGUUUCAGCGCAUGGUGGAUGACGAAAGUCUUCUUCCAUGAGAUGAUGCUUUGGCAAGCAGAGAAGAAUGGCUUCAUGCGAUCUACACCGAGUACGUUGCAGAAUGCAGCUUCAGGGUCGAAUCAGUCUGGCCCUACCAAUUUUCUUUUGAGACAAGCCAACGACGCGUCUGCUGCGAAGAAUGGUUCUUUUAUGACUUUGGAGGAACAGCACUCAGGCGGAUCCAGGUCAAGAUCAAACACAAGCCCUACGACGGCGGAACUCAACACUCAAAACCGACCACCGCUCAACCAGCCGGUAGAAAUCGAUCACCCCUCUAUGGAGGGUGAGAAGCCACCUAGCAUCAAUGAAAGUAUGGCUGGAUUCCAUGCUCCAAACAAUGAUGAUAGCGCUAUCGAUCUUGAUGAGGAUUCUAUGCUUAUGUCCGUGGGCAAAUAUGGGGACAUGAUGGCCUCUGAUCCAGCCGAUGCUGAAGGGGAUGUUGUCGUCAUAUAG